UCUUUCUACCCCUCUUCCAAUCAAUAUCAACAAAUUAACUCUCAUCUUCUUCUUCUUCCUCCUCUUCUUCUUCUUCCAUUUAUGUAUUCACAUUCACCUUCAUUAACCAUGAUCAAAAAUACAUUAUAAAUAUCCACCCUUGACCCUUCCCUCAACUCCCUCCUCUUCAUAAUUAUGAAGACCCACGAUCUCGAGUCCUCCUCCAACUCCCCCCUCCUUCCUCCGCCACCGCCACCUCCUCACCACCGCCGUCGCUACCUCCUAAUUCUCCUCCCCCUCGCCACCAUCCUCACCUUCAUCGCCGUCCUCUGCCGGACCCCCACCUCCUCCCUUACCGUCUCAACUCCAAUCUCCCGAGGACCCGUCGCCGGCGUCUCAGAGAAAUCCACUUCCCAACUUCUUGCGUCCUCCACCGCCUACCCAUGGACCAACAACAUGCUUGCCUUCCAACGCACCGCCUUCCAUUUCCAGCCCCAAAAGAACUGGAUGAAUGAUCCUAACGGUCCGCUGUUCUACAAAGGUUGGUACCAUCUCUUCUACCAGUACAACCCAGACAACGCUAUAUGGGGAAAUAUUACGUGGGGCCACGCCGUCUCCAAGGACCUAAUCAACUGGCUCCACCUGCCCAUCGCAAUGGAACCCGACCGCUGGUACGAUAUCAACGGCGUCUGGUCCGGUUCCGCCACUCUCCUCCACGACGGCCGGCUCGUCAUGCUCUACACCGGUUCAACCCACACCUCCGUCCAAGUCCAAAACCUUGCUCACCCAGCUGACCCGACCGACCCGCUUUUGAUCCAUUGGGUUAAGUCUGAUGCCCACAACCCGGUAAUUGUUCCGCCAAAGGGAAUCAAUUUUAAGGACUUCCGUGACCCGACCACAGCUUGGUAUAAUUCCGAAUUGGGCUUGUGGUACUUGGCCAUCGGGUCGAAGAACGAUAGCGCGGAUCACGCAGGCACCGCAUUCGUUUAUUCGACCCGUGACUUCGUCCACUACGAGCUGGUGCCCGGGUUGCUGCGGUUUGUGGUUGGGACCGGUAUGUGGGAGUGUCUGGAUUUUUACCCGAUUCACAUCGAGGAGGCAGUGGGACUCGACACAUCAGUCAGGCCGGGAAAGAGUGUACGACAUGUGAUGAAGGUUAGCCUCGACAAUGAUAAGCAUGAUUAUUAUGCGAUCGGUCGAUACUUCCAAGAGAACAACUCGUGGGUACCCGAUGACCCGGAGCUUGACGUUGGGAUUGGGCUACGAGUUGAUUAUGGUAAAUAUUAUGCUUCCAAGACGUUUUAUGAUCAGGAUAAGGGGAGACGAGUCUUAUGGGGUUGGACCGGUGAGACCGAUAGCGAGCGGGCCGACUUGCUCAAGGGUUGGGCUUCUAUUCAGACAAUUCCAAGGACUGUGCUAUUCGAUACAAAGACUGGUAAGAACCUUCUGCUAUGGCCUGUGGAAGAGGUGAACAGCCUCAGAUUCAGCAGCAAGAAUUUCUCCAGCCUGCAACUCACCGCCGGCUCAGUGAAACCCCUCCAGAUCGCCGGCGCCGCCACCCAGUUGGACAUAACGGCCGAAUUUGAGAUCGAUGGAUCAUCGCUGGAAGCAGCGAUAGAAGCCGACGUGGGCUACAACUGCAGCACGAGCGGUGGCGCCGCCGGCCGGAGUGCGCUCGGGCCGUUCGGGCUUCUGGUCUUAGCCGAUUCUGAUCGAACUGAACAAACUGCUGUGUAUUUCUACGUGGCACGAGGAACUGAUGGCCUUCUCAAGACUUAUUUCUGCCAUGACGAGCUCAGGUCUUCAAAGGCCAACGACAUCGUCAAGAGAAUAUAUGGUAGCACAGUUCCUGUACUCGACGGAGAAAUCUUGUCUGUUAGAAUACUGGUUGAUCACUCCAUUGUCGAGAGCUUUGCUCAAGGAGGAAGAACCUGCAUCACCUCUAGGGUUUACCCAACUGCAGCGAUCGACGGUGCAGCCAAGCUUUUUCUCUUCAACAAUGCUACAGACGCAACUAUCACAGCCAAAUCACUUACCGUGUGGAAGAUGGGACCAGCUUUGAUGCGCCCAUUUGAUAUGUAGAGCUACAUGCAUAUACAAUAAAUCCAUUAUAUUUGAGUGUAGAUAAAUAUUUUUCCAUUGAUAUGUUGGUGAGGAUGUUGUAUAUCAUUCGUGCAUGCAUGUUUGUAUUUUGAAGAAUGAAUAAGAUAUUUUUGGAAGCC